AUGGCGUCUAACUGCACCAACAGCACCCACACGAGUGACAACAGCAGCAGCAGCCCCUCGUGCACCCCCCUCUCAAAAAUGCCCAUCAGCCUGGCACACGGCAUCAUCCGCUCCACUGUGCUGGUGGCUUUCCUGGUGGUGGCGUUUGUCGGCAACGUUGUACUGGGGAUGGCGCUGCAGCGCAAGCCGCAGCUGCUGCAGGUGGCCAACCGCUUCAUCUUCAACCUCCUCAUCACCGACCUGCUGCAGGUUUUGCUCGUGGGCCCCUGGGUGGUGGCCACCUCCGUGCCUUUUUUGUGGCCCCUCAACUACCACUUCUGCACGGCCCUGGUGAGCCUCACUCACCUGUUUGCCUUUGCCAGUGUCAACACCAUCGUGGUGGUGUCCAUAGAUCGCUACCUGUCCAUCAUCCACCCUCUCACCUACCCAUCCAAGAUGACCCCACGCAAGGGCUCCACGCUUAUUUAUGGCACUUGGAUCGUGGCCGUUCUGCAAAGCACCCCCCCACUCUACGGCUGGGGUAAGGCUGCCUUUGACGAGCGCAAUGCCCUCUGCUCCAUGCUCUGGGGGGACAGCCCCAGUUACACCACCCUCAGCGUCGUGUCCUUCAUCAUCAUCCCACUGAUGGUCAUGAUUGGCUGCUACUCCGUGGUGUUCAGUGCAGCCCGUCGGCAGCACGCUCUGCUGUACAACGUCAAGAGCCACAGCUUGGAAGUGAGGGCCAAGGACUGUGGGAAGGAGAGUGACGAGAGAGCGCGGAAGAAAAACGUGUGCCAGCAGGAGAGCGAGUUCACAGGCCAGAAGGACAGCAAGGCCAAGAACAAAGUGGGCAGUGUGGGGGCUGAAGAAGGCAACGUGAAGGCCAAGGACGUUAAGGAGACCAGCAAAGGCGGCCUGGAGGCCAAGGAGGGCAGCAUGAAGGCAGACCAGGACCACUGCAGCAUCGACGUGGAAGAAGACAGCCCGGAGUUUGGAGAAGGGAUCCAUUUCAAUGAGGAUGACAUUGAGGCCAUGAACCUCCCGGAGAGCCUUCCAGCCAGUCGUCGAAACAGCUGUACCAACCUUCGUCUGCCUAAGUGCUACGAGUGCAAAGCUGCCAAAGUUAUCUUUCUCAUCAUUUUCUCCUAUGUGCUGUCCCUUGGGCCCUACUGCUUUCUAGCAGUCCUGGCCGUCUGGGUAGAUGUCCAAACCCAGGUACCCCAAUGGGUGAUCACCAUAAUAAUCUGGCUUUUCUUCCUGCAGUGCUGCAUCCACCCAUACAUUUAUGGCUACAUGCAUAAAACCAUCAGGAAGGAAAUUCAGGCUAUCGUGAAGAAAGUGUGUGGCAAAGAAAACCCCCCCAAAGACGACCUGCCCGGAACCGAAGCUGGCACAGAUGGUGGUAAGAUCAUCCCUUCCCAUGACUCGGCCACUUUACCAUGA